AAUCAUUAAAUUAGUCUUGAGCUUUCCCAGAUGAUGUAAUGAGAAGGAAAGGCAUAGUGAAAAUCCAACCAACCAUGAUUCAGCUUUUGCUUGGUUUUACAUGCUUCAGUUGUUAAGGAAUAUUUUAUCAAUGUCAUUGUACGGAAGCAAAUUUCAUUGACCUCACUCAACUCUCCAUGCUUUGCAUAUAACAGCUUGACAAAACCAGCCUUCUGAAGCUUUUCCUGGUAAUCUAAUUAGUUCAGUACAGAUGCAAUCAUCCAUCUACAGCCUACAGCCUCAAAAAGCCAAUUAUAUUGUGCCAACAAACAAGAACAGUAGCACUUUUUGGGCUAUAAAGAAGGAGGUCUUCUUCAGCUCUGAGGGGCAGAAUCAACAACAAAGGAAAUAUCAUUCACCAACUUCUUCUUCUUCUUCUUCUUCUUCUUCUUCUUCCUCCUCCUCCUCCUCCUCCUCCUCCUCAAAAUUACAGACGCCAACAGAAGCCAAAAAGAACAGUGAAAGAGAAAGAAGGGGGCAGCUCUAAAAAAAAAAACUCUCUUCCGCUUCUGCCUCUCCAAAACACACCAAAGGAACACAAAAAUCGCAAACAAAAACUGCAGCUAGCACACCAAAGCAAAAACACAAGGGCAGCAGAAAUACCCACAGAAAGGAGGAAAGCAGCUCCAACCCUUCACUCAAACUUCAGACUCAAGGUUGGUUGCAGAAACUGAAUCCUUCCUUUUAAUUCCAUCAUCAUUCAUAAUCAUCUAACUUCUCCUACCCAUGUGUAAAGUAAAGUUUUUACUCCAAGCAAAUUACAAUCUGGCCUAAAAAAACCCUUAAAAUAUCAGAUUCAAUCAAUCCCAAUUAAAUUACAAGAUGAAUACUUUCAUCUACUUGUCAUUAUCGAUUUACUUUAUCAGUUCCAUUUUCAUUCAAGCACUUUAUAGUUUAUACACCGUCAGCUAACUUGCUACACAUUUCCACUCAAGCAAUUUACUAUUACCAUCAGCCAAUAGCAUCAUUUACAUUUCUAGCAUCAUUUACAUUUCCUUUAAUCUCUCUUCAAAUUAAGCACUUUAUAUUUUCGUCAGCUAUUGUCUAAUGUAUAUACUUACUUUCUACACAGGAUAAUCUCAUUUUCUACGAACUUUUUAUACUUUUAGUUAAGUUUCCUAGUUCACUAUUUCAAUAAGCUACAUAUUAAGUAUGAUCUUGUUUAACUAAUGCCAUUUUACAAUUUCUUUAUUUUCUAGAACUUGGAUGAAAAUGCCAUAGCAUCAUGCGUAUAAAAUAAAAACAAAUUCACUAAUUUCUUUUAUGGUACAACUUGAACUUGUACUUUUAUGUGAUGGUACAACUUCGAGUUGUAAAGUUGUACCAUAACAUAAUGGUACAAAUUGCUUUAUGGUACAACCUAAACUUAUACAUUUAAUUUUAUGGUACAACUUUAAGUUGUACAUUAAAACACCAAUACUAAAUAGCAUAGUAGAAGUGCUCAUAUCAUCAUGCCUAUAAAAUAAAAACAAAUUCACUAAUUUCCCAAAUCCCACAAAUUGCCGCCGCUGAAAUCAUCCCCACCAAACCCCAAACACUCGGAAUAACCAGAAAUCAAAAGUAAAUAUCAAUUUCUUAUCUCUAAAAUCAGAAGAGAGUUUCAUGAAAUAUCACCUAGCUAGCUCACACUCUCUGUAAUUAGGAGGAGGAAAAUUGGAUCUCUAGGCCACCAAUCCUUCAUUCUGAUUGUAAUUUUUGGUCCAUGACUUAAUAAAAUCGAUCCAAGUCUUCCAUAAAAAUAUAAAAAAAUUCGCAAGGACAACAAAUCAAAGUCAGAAUCUGAAAACCAAAAGAAAAAAAAAGUUGUUAAAAAUCUUACCGAAAAGGUCUCCUCUUCGUCAUCGUCUUCGCCGGAACCGGGGAUGCCGCCGUCAUCACAAUCGGCGACUACCCCGCUGCCGUCGUCUUUUUUUCUUCUUUCUUUCUAGUCGUCGUUUCCAAGACGAAAGAGUGGAGGAGAAGUCAGAUCGAGUAAGGGAGAGAGAGGCAUGUCGAGGGUUCGAGGGAGAUGAGGUUGUUUGGAAGUUGUGAUUCUUCAAAUUAAUGUAUUGGGUCAAUUAGUGUAUUAUCAUUUGAUGGAUUGAAUCGAUUGAUGUAUUAGGUAAAUAUCUUAUUUGGAGGUUUAGAUUCUGUUUUUGUUCUAAAGGUAAAAAAGUUAGUAUUGAGUGAUUGUGAAGAAUCUCAACAAAAAGUAGAGAUUGUAAAUCCCUCAAUAUUGAGUGAUUGUGGUGGUGCCUCCAAAAAGUAAAUGCAUGUAUUCUAGUUCUAUAUAAACCAAAAAAACCACUUAAUCUCACAAAUACAUGAAUUAGAUCAAUACACCAUUUGAUAUCACAACUUCCAAACGGUUGCUAACGGAGUAUAAGAAGAAUCCAAAAGGAUUCAAAGGGCAAGGUGAAUUGAUUCAAGGGACAAGAUUGAAAUGUUGUAAAAUGUGAGGAGGGUGCAAAUGAGAGGGAUAAACACAGUUUUCAACACAUUUGCACCCGUUUGGAUGAUUUGUAACAGUAGGGGUGCAAAAUUAUUAUUUCGCCUUACUUUUGAAUUGAGGUGCAAGGGAAGGAAGGAAGGAGGGGGAGGGGGAGGGGGGAGAAAAAUUAUUUUUCUAAUAAAUUUUUAAUUAAAAUUAAUAAUUUCUUUUCUUAUGUAGAUAUGUUCGGGGUUUACUAUUUGACUCCGAGAGCAAGUUUAUCAAUGUUCGUCUAGUCAAAUCAAGAUCUCUUGGUUGACUCGAAUUUGCGUUGGAAAUUAGAGAUAAGAAGUGCUUAUGAAAAAGGUAGCGAUGAACGGUUUGGUUGACUCAGUUUAGUUGAUCAUAUAGUUCAAACUUACAUAAUAGAAUGUGUUUGACUAAGUUUGACCAUAUUCAAAUUAAAGUUAAAUUAUACACGAGAACCAUGUAGUAUGACAAGUUACGAGUUGGGCUCCGAGCUUCGAGAUAGCUCGAUCAAUGAUUAUUAAAGUUGUUAUAAUUAAUUAUUAUUUGAUCAUUAUUAUAUAAUAAAUAUUUUUAUUAAAUUAUAUUUAUUAUUAUUAUUUAUUUUAUUAUUUUGUGAUAAUAAUUUAUAACUUUUGAUGAAUCUAUCUUAUAAUAAUAUAAUUACUCACUUCUCAUUCUAUUUGCACCCACCUAUUUUUUCAUCCAAACAACAAUUUACCCAUCCACUUGCACCCUCCCUCAACUUGCACCCUCCUGCAAUUUACCCCUUAACUUGUACCCCUCGAAUUUGCACCCCUUUUGUCAAACAUUAGGGUUUCGUGUUUGUUGGGGUUGUUCGAGAUCGAAACUAAGAGAUGGGAAAUGGAUUACGGUUUGUUUGGCUGUUAACAAGGUUGAUAUACCUUACCUGUGAAAAUGACUAAAAUGCCUCUUGAUCUCCUUGAAAUUACAUGUUGCCAUUCAACCUCCCCUUGCGAACUAAAUCAAGAAUUUCAUUUUACAGAAGUGUCGAAAUCUUGACCUAAUACUCUUAACUAAAAUUUUCACCCAUAAUGGCGAUGAUAUUAAUAAAUAAGAAAAUAAUUAAAUAUUACCGUAAUAGCCUCUUCUUAUGAAACUCAUUUAAAAUGAUCGAUUACUCAAAUACACAAUUAAAAUAUCAAAAUUCUUUCAUAAAGCUCAAUACCAAAACCUUAGAACACAAAUUAGUAGAACGUUAGAUUCCUUGUUUACAAAAAAUCGUCUGAAAAUACUGAAUUAUCAGACUUUGAUCUCGUAUAUUUGGGUGUAUGGGCAACCAAUAGUUUCGAGUCCAACUAAUAAAUUUUCUUUACUUUAAAAACCAUCUAACUCUAACUUUAUGGAAUCCUAUAAUUAAAUACGAAAUGAACCCUCAAAUAAAAAUACAUCCAAACCUUAAAGACUUAUAGAUUUUAGUAGGUUCAAUUUUAGGGCAUUGUGGGGUACGAGUAAUAACAAUAUUGGAAUUUUAAUGAAAAGAAUAGAACUUGGUUUUAGCAAUGCUCUUGUUAUUGAAGAAAAACAAUAUGGGAGGGGAUCAAGGAAAAAUUAUGUUAUACAUAGUUAAUGUACUUGCAACAAAUCAACUAAUUAAUAAUAUUUCAAAGAUGAAGUCUCUGUCAAUAGAUGAAAUUCGUUAAAAAAAUGCUCAUUUUGCUUGCAGUUGAUAAAUUUGUCAUGAUCUUUCCCAAAUGAUGUCAUGCGAAGGAGAGGGAGAGUGAAAAUCCAACCAAGCAUGAUUCUGCUUUGCUUGGGGUUAGAUACUUUAGUUGUUUAGGAAUAUUUGAUCAUUGCCAUUGAACGGAAGCAAACUUCAUUGACCUCACUCAACUCUAUGAUUUGCAUAUGAUAACUUGACAAAAUCAGCCUUCCUUUGAGGUUUUCCUGGUUAUCUAAGCAUUUGUGGUUUUAUUUGGUGCUUGGUAUAUAAGGGACAGACCUCAAUCGAAGAGUAAGAAGAAAGAAAAGGAGAAGCUUUUUUGAAUACUUGAAAAAUGGGUGCUGAAGAAAAUAAGGGUGAUGUAGUAAAGAAGAAGAAGACGAGUGGCAUUGAAUCACUCAGAUCGAUUUUGAUUCAUGCGGAUAAAGUAGAUUGGUUGUUGAUGGUUGUGGGGCUUAUCGGAUCGAUUGGUGAUGGGAUCUCCACCCCAGUCAUGUUGUUCAUUAGUAGCAAGCUGUUGAACCAUAUUGGUGAUGCACCCACCAAUUCUGCAGAUGUCAUCAUUCAUAACAUUAACAUGAAUGCAUUGGCACUUUGCUAUGUGGCUUGUGCACAGGGACUCCUCUGUUUCCUAGAAGGAUAUUGUUGGACAAGGACCAGUGCGAGACAAGCUGCAAAGAUCAGAGCUAGUUAUUUAGGAGCAGUGCUAAGGCAAGAAGUAAGCUAUUUUGAUUUGCAUGUGACAAGUCCCUCAGAGAUCAUCACAACUGUCUCAAAUGAUUGUCUGGCUAUUCAAGAUGUCAUAAGUGAAAAGCUUCCCUUCUUUUUAAUGAACUUUGCCAUGUUCUUGGGGUGCUAUAUAAUCGGAUUGAUAUUGCAAUGGAGGCUUGCAAUUGUUGGGCUUCCAUUUGUGAUUUUUUUGGUGGUUCCUGGUAUAUUGUAUGGAAGAACUUUAAUGAUGUUGGCAAGAAGGAUAGCGGAAGAGUACAAAAAAGCAGGAAAUAUAACUGAGCAGGCAAUAUCUUCCAUCAGGACUGUGUAUGCAUUUGUUGGCGAGACCAAAACCAAUGUUGCAUAUUCCACAACUCUUGAAUUCUCGAUGGUACUGGGUUUGAAGCAGGGACUGGCUAAGGGUCUGGCUUUUGGCAGUAACGGUGUUGUUUUCGCCAUUUGGUCUUUCAUGGUAUACUACGGAAGCAGAAUGGUCAUGUACCAUGGCUCCAAAGGUGGCACUGUUUUCUCUGUCAGCACCCUUGUGGUUGUUGGAGGAUUAGCGCUUGGUUCCAGUUUAUCCAACUUGAAGUAUUUCUCAGAGGCAUGGUCAGCAGGAGAGCGAAUGACUGAAAUCAUAAGAAGAGUGUCCGAGAUUGACAUAGAUAAUACUGAAGGUGGAUCCUUGGAAAAUGUCAAAGGUGAAGUCGAAUUCAGGCAUAUUGAAUUCGCCUACCCAUCUAGACCGGACACCAUAGUUUUCAAAGAUUUCUCUCUGCAUAUUCCUUCUGCCAAAACUGUGGCCUUGGUGGGUAGUAGUGGAUCUGGGAAAUCAACCUUAAUAGCUCUAUUGCAAAGGUUUUACGACCCGCUUCGUGGUGAAAUACUUCUUGAUAAUGUUGCCAUUGAUAAGUUGCAACUAAAGUGGCUAAGAUCACAGAUGGGUUUGGUAAGCCAAGAGCCUAUCCUAUUUGCUACAUCUAUCAAAGAAAACAUACGUUUUGGGAAGGAAGAUGGUUCUGUUAAAGAGAUUGUUCAAGCUGCCAAAGCUUCCAAUGCUCACAAUUUCAUCAGCCAAUUCCCUCAAGGUUAUGAUACCCAGGUUGGGGAGAGAGGGGUACAAAUGUCAGGAGGACAAAAGCAAAGAAUCGCAAUAGCUAGAGCAAUCAUAAGAUCACCAAAGAUCAUGCUACUCGAUGAAGCUACAAGUGCAUUAGACUCAGAAUCUGAAAAAUUUGUCCAAGAAGCUCUCGACAAAGCUUCUUAUGGUCGUACCACCAUCAUCAUUGCCCACCGUAUCUCCACCAUACGAAAUGCGGACAUCAUUGCCGUGAUCCAAAAUGGACACAUUAUUGAAACAGGAGCUCAUGACGAGUUAAUCCAACAUCAAGAUGGCUCGUAUGCUUUCCUUGUUCGUACUCUACAAUCGGAUAAAAAAGAAGACAACCAAAAUGAAGCUCCUUCGUCCUUGUCUCUCGCUCCAGUUCCUAUCAUCAAUAACACCAGUAGCCACAUGUUAUCUCUAGGGGUCUCAUCGAGUGCAGCCAUGGUAGAAAAUAUACCACUCCCUGGCUCAUCAGAGGCCCAAAAAGUUCCAAACCCUUAUUUUUUUAGGUUGAUUGCGUUGAACUUACCAGAAUGGAAGCAAGCAUUUAUGGGAUGUAUAAGCGCGAUAUUGUUUGGAGGAGUCCAACCCACAUAUUCCUUUGCCAUGGGGUCGAUGAUAUCAGUGUAUUUCUUCAAAGACCACGAUCAGAUUAAGGAGAAGACUAAGAUAUAUUCGCUCUCUUUUCUGGGAUUGGCAUUUGCUUCUCUGAUAGUUAACGUUGUUCAACAUUACAAUUUCGGCUACAUGGGCGAGCAGUUGACAAAAAGGGUACGCGAGCGAAUGCUGUCAAAGAUUCUCACUUUCGAGGUUGGUUGGUUUGACAAGGAUGAGAAUUCGAGUGGUGCAGUCUACUCUAGACUUUCCAAAGAUGCCAAUGUGGUGAGAACCGUAGUUGGCGAUCGUAUGAGCCUCCUUGUACAAACACUUUCAUCAGUAAUUGUAGCAUGGACGAUGGGGCUCAUGAUUGCUCCCAAACUCGCCAUCAUAAUGAUCGCAGUUCAACCUAUUUUCAUCAUUUGCUUCUACACUCGACACAUCCUGAUCAAGUCCAUGUCUCAACGAGCCGUUAAAGCUCAUAACGAGACCAGCAAGCUUGCAGCCGAAGUAGUCUCCAACCACAGAACCAUCACCGCAUUCUCUUCCCAAGCCCGGAUCCUCUCAAUGCUAGACAAAGCCCAAGAAUCCCCACGACGAGAGUUCAUUAAACAGUCUUGGUACGCCGGUCUAGGUCUCUCCACUUCACAAUGCCUCAUGUUGUUGACUACUGCUCUAGAUUUGUGGUAUGGCGGGAAACUCGUCUCUCAGCGAGAGAUCUCAGUUAAAGCAGUGUUUGAGACAUUCUUAAUUCUGAUCAACACCGGUCCGGUGAUUGCCAAUGCUGGAGCCAUGAUCACGGACCUUGCCAAGGGGUCGGAAACUAUUCGGUCUGUGUUUGACACAUUGGACCGACAUACGAGAAUUGAGCCAGAGGAUCCAAAAGGUUACAAGCCUGAAAGGAUAAUGGGCUUAAUUGAGUUUCAAGACGUGGAUUUUGCUUACCCAACCCGACCUAACAUGAUUGUGUUCCAAGGGUUCACGAUGAAAAUAGAAGCUGGGAAAUCGACAGCGCUGGUGGGACAGAGCGGAUCCGGGAAAUCAACUAUCAUCAGUUUGAUCGAACGGUUCUACGACCCCCAACGAGGAACAGUGAGAAUCGACGGCCGGGAUGUGAGGACGUAUAACCUCCGAUCCCUAAGGAAGCAGAUCGGGCUAGUAAGCCAGGAGCCUGUACUAUUUGCUGCCACGAUCAAGGAUAACAUCACCUAUGGCUCGGUCCAGGACGAGAUCGGUGAGUCAGAGGUGAUUGCGGCAGCGAAGACUGCCAAGGCACAUGAUUUCAUCUCGGGCCUGAAUGAUGGUUACGACACGUGGUGCGGGGACAAAGGCGUCCAAUUGUCGGGAGGGCAGAAGCAGCGGAUCGCGGUGGCCCGCGCGAUGCUGAGGAACCCAAAGAUUCUUCUGCUAGAUGAGGCAACGAGCGCCCUGGACGGGUGGUCGGAGAAGGCAGUGCAGGCGGCGGUGGAGAGGGUGAUGGUUGGGAGGACGAUCGUGGUGGUGGCCCAUAGGUUGAGUACAAUACAAAACUGUGAUUCCAUCGUGGUUUUGGAGAAAGGGCUGGUCAUAGAGAGCGGGACCCACUCGUCUCUGUUGGCAAAAGGACCCGCCGGAGCUUAUUACUCCUUGGUUAAUCUUCAACGGGUCUCGGUUGAUGUAGCUUAAUACAAAUAUACAAUGGCUUGCUUGUUACUUUUCUCCUUGGUUAAUCUUCAAUGGAUCUCGGCCAUUAUAGUUUAUUACAAAUAUACAAUGACUUGCUUGUUAUUUUGUCGUUGUGUUUAUUUCUCUUUUUCUUUCACAUCUUUGUUGAUACUAUUAAAACCUCUUUUAUGGUUUCGAAUUUCUUGUUCGGAAAGAAGAGAACCUUUUUCUUAACCAUUAUAAUUAUGAAAUGGUUUUCUGAUCAAAUUAUGAUAGUGGUGAGUAGUUGUAUCAAAGAAUUUAUUUGAUACAUAUAGGAAUUAAAUGAUAUUGUCAAAUUGUAUUAUAGUACUAGGGAUGGCAAUCAAACCCAUGGCCGCGGGUAUCCGACCGCCCCCGACCCAGUCAACGCGGGGAAUCCCCGCUUUGACCGGGUAUGGGUAAAACCCGCAAACAGUUUGAUGGGUAUGGGGCGGGUAUGGUUUUAGCCUCCCCCGCCCCAUACCCAUCCCCAUCCCCAUACCCGCCCCACCAAGAUAAUUUCUUCACAUAUAAAAAAAUAUGUGCAUCAAAUUAUAAUCUAUCAAUGAUGAUGAGGAUAACUUGAGAAAUAAAUAGUAGAAAUGCAAUUGAUUGACCACCUUAAUCAAAAUCUAAUUCAUUUCUCUCAAUUCUCAUUUCACUCUUUCACUUUCCCCUUUGUCAACAAGAUUAUGUCAGUUAAUUAUUAUUUAGUAGAUGUAUCAGAGUUAGAACAUAAUAAUUUGAAAAAUAUUAUACUCUAUAUUAUGUAUUAAUGGAUAUUUUAGGAUCAUAAUCUUUGAACCAUAUUAAAAAAUGACCGUGUUUUAUUGACUUCAUGAUAUAAUAUGUUCAUUUAGAAUUAUAAUUAGAACUUUUCUUGUAAGUUUUAGGUAUAAUAAUGUUGGAUGUACGGGUAUGGGUAUUACCCAUGGGUACCCGAAACCCACGGGUAUGGGGAUGGGUUUGCAAAACAUUCCCCGCAUGGGUAUGAGGCGGGUAUGGGUUUGGGUAUUUGAAGAUGGGUAUGGGGAUGGUUUAAGCAAACCCGCCCCAUUGCCAUCCCUAUAUAGUACUGCGAUUCACUCUACUAACACUUUUAAUGGUGUGAGAAAUUUUGGAAUUGGACAUGAUUUAAUGACUAAUGAGGCAAAUAAAAAUAUUUUUUGCAUCCCAAAUUUCCAAUAUGAGGAUUGAGCGUAUCAUAUAUGUAUCUACCUAUUUGAGUUGUAUCUGAAGGGGUUAUAACAUAUUGCAUGUCAAAAUUUGGAGUGGUAAUGCUUACUUGAAGAAUCAAAUAUAAAUAGAAAUUCAAAAU